CCAAGGACAGCAUCUGUGGAGUUGAGUUCUCUAUCAUACUCUUCCACAUCCACUACUUGCAAGAAUGGCAUCGCAGCGGGGUCUACUCGGUUCGCUUUUCGACCGCGCAACAUCGCGUUACUUGCUUGGCCUAUCUCCCGAAACAUGCUCCUAUAAGACCACUAGUGUUCGCAUACCAAUUUUGGACAAUGAUCGAAGCGAUCAAAACAUAGAUCUAGCAGCCGACCUCUAUCAGCCUGUUCUACCCGAUGGGCACAAUCCCGCUGGAACAAUCCUCGUCCGCUGCCCAUACGGUCGAGGUAUUCUAUAUUCCUUCACCAUUCGCCCGUACGCAGCGCGCGGAUAUAACGUGCUCCUUGUGAGCACUCGAGGCACCUUCGGCUCAAGUGGUAACUUCGUGCCUUUUGUGCAUGAAGAGAAGGACGGACACGCAGUGGUAGCUUGGAUGCGAAAACAGGAUUGGUACACGGGAUCCUUUGCGACAAUCGGGAUGUCGUACCUAGGGUUCACACAAUGGGCGCUCUUGAACGACCCCCCGCAUGAUAUGGUGGCCGCGGUGAUAUCGGUCGGGCCGCAUGAUUUCGCCCAACAGGGCUGGGGUACUGGCGCAUUUGCCUUAGAUAAUGCAGUAUGGGCAGAACUCACAGCACAUCAGGAGGAUAGUGGGUUAUCUGCAAUGGUGGGCAAAGCUACUUUGAUGGGUAGGAUGAAGAAGUUAUUCAACAAUGUACCUCUUGAGCCUGCGCUCAAAGAGCACUUCGAGGGAAAGGCAGAUUGGCUGGUAGGCUUGCUGGAACACUCAGAUCUUGACGAUCCACGUUAUGAUUCAUGGCGAUUUCCGGAGGCACUCGAGAAAGCCAAUAUUCCUAUUCUCUUAAUCAGUGGGUGGUACGACCUUUUUCUUCGUCAGUCUAUGCACCAGUACACACGUCUCCAGGAGAGGAAAACCAACAUUGCUUUGACUGUGGGACCAUGGCGACACUUGAACAUCGGGAUGGACGGGAAAAGUGCACCACAAACACUGGACUGGCUCGACGAACAUCUUGCAAAGCGAAGAGUGGGCGUUAGGACUUCACCAGUAGAGUACUACAUGACUGGAGCCAACGAAUGGCGGAAGGUGCCGAGAUGGCCUCCGGCAACAACACCAACUGUGCUAUAUUUUGGUCCCGAUAACACCUUAUUGGGGGACGGUCCAACUAAGGUCGAUAGCCCAUGGAGCUUUACUGUUGAUCCAAAGAACCCUACCCCGGCGAUUGGUGGCAACGUGCUUCUCGGAGGUGGGAGUGUCAAUGACAGCGCGUUGGCCUCUCGAGCGGAUGUCCUCAUCUUCACCACGAAACCGCUGGAAAGAGAUUUAGAAAUAGCCGGAAAGGUUAUGGUUGAUCUGAACCACUCAAGCGAAAAUCCCAGUUCAGAUCUGUUUGUGCGCCUCUCCGAGGUUGGAGCGAAAGGUACUUCGCGGAAUAUCACCGAGACAUACAAACGAUUGAGUUCUGACGGAACUGUCAACGGCAUCAGUAUCACCAUGGACGAUUGUGCACAUCGGGUGUUUAGUGGCAGCCGCAUUCGAUUACUCAUUGCUGGAGCCUCGCAUCCUCACUACGCCUUAAGCACUGUUAUUGGCACGGAUGGCAAGCCUCAAACCGUCGAACACAAGAUUCAUCCAAUUGGUGAUGUUGUAACACGAAUCACAAUUCCCGUGGUUUCAUAAGUGGGAGAGAGAGAGUGUGUGUGUACACAUUGCUUGACUCAUCCUCGAAUUUUUCA